UGUGUUUUUUCAUUGAUUUUGUUACAUAUUAUGUUGCAUUUGAAGGAAAAUAUCAGAAAGGGGAUUUUUUUUUUCCUUAAAAAACUAAACUACAAUUAAUGAUAAUGAUCUUUUUUCAAGUAAAACAGAAUCCUUUCAAUUCAAUUACAUUCCUUUUCAUUCUAAACAACCGAUACCUUAACUAUUAAUCCUAUCUCUUGUUACUCUAAGAUCCACUUUUCAUUCCUUAAUUUUCUCAAAACAACAAAUAUUCCCUCAAUCUCCAUAACUACCUUCAUUCAACAUUUCCUCAAAUCAACUCAAGCAUUUUUUUUCCUCCAAUACAACACCAAUGUCCAACUCAACCACCACCCCCACCCCCACCCCCCUCACCACCACCACCACCACCUCGGACCAAGAAUCAUCAGACACAUCAUCAACCACUCCAAACAAACCACACAUAACAUGGUCAGAUUCCUACACAAAAGCACAUGCAGCAAUCCAAUCCUUAACUUCAAUCCUCCCAAACAUCCCUUCAUCUCUUUCUUCAUCUGAAACACCUGCCUCUUGUCUCCUUCAUGACACCUCAACCGCAAAACAAAUCUCAACACUCCUUCGUGAUCCUAACUCUGGUGCUGGUGAUGACAACCUUUGUCGUUGGCUUUACGACACGUUUCAUUCCUCUGAACCUGAACUACACCUCGUUGUCCUCAAAUUUUUACCUAUCAUUGCUGGUGUUUAUCUUAACAGGGUUAAUUUGCAUAAACCUUUAGCGGGGUUUGAAGCUGUUUUAUUAGCAUUAUAUGCAUAUGAAACUUCUUCAAGAAAUGGUCAACCAGUUACGGUUAAUAUUCCAGAUCUUUCACACUCAAGUAUUUAUCAUGAAACAAACAAAGCAGCUAAAAACUCUGCAACGGAGUUAAACCUAGCUGUUAUUUCCCCUAGCUUAGAGCAUUAUGGCACAGUGAGAUCAACCAAAAGGGCACGUAUAGUUGGUGUUGCAUUAGAAUUAUAUUACAGCAAAAUCCCACAUAUACCAGUUGAGUCAAAGCUUGAUUUUUGUGAAUUUUGUAAGAUUUGGUCGUCAGGUCAAUUGGCUGUUAGUGAAAAUGUUGAAAAUGGGGACGUGAAAAGGAGGAUUAAUUUACCAUGGGAGUUGUUACAGCCAAUGUUGAGGAUAUUGGGACAUUGUUUGAUGGGACAUAAAAAAGAUGAGAAAUUGUAUGAAAGUGCUAUUGGUGCGGUUGGAUGUUUGUAUGAAAGAGCUUUACAUGAUUUGAAUACGAAGGCAAUGUUAGCUACGGGUAGUCUUCUUCAGCUUGUGAAAUUGGCAAGGGAAGGUGAUGAGGUUGAUUAUACAGAGAUUGCAGAGUCCAAUACCAUUACGCUUUAGAGGUGGUGUUCUCUUUAUUCUGUCCAUGCAGCCAAUGUGUGUGCCUAUUUUUUUUUUAAUUUUUAAAUUGUCUUUUUAUUAUUCUCUUGCAGGAAAAAGUCCAAAUUUAUUGUAAACAAUUUGGAGUUAAUUGUUUAUUCAUUCAUUUUUACUAUAUGACAGCAAAUUAUCUUUUAAGAGUUGUUUUUGUCAGAGCUUCAAUACGAAAAGGGCAGCCCAGUGCUCGCAGAGCCUGGGGAAGUGCCUCACGGACACAAAUUUAACCCUCUUUUUUCUUUUAAAAAAGCAGGGUUGUUGUAACUUAUUCAUUGUUGAUGGGGAGAAAUUAACUAUACUUGCUAACUUUGGGAUUAUGAGGUUGUGUAUAUGCACAUUGUUGGGCGUAUGAUUAUGACACAACCACUCGAAGUUGUGACGUGUUGCAAUGUUUCCUAUGUGCAAGGGCAGAGCCUAGUGGUGGCCAGGAUGUUCACC